AUGUCCUUCUUCGGUUUCGAUCCCACCCGUGGAGGGGGACACAACACUGCAGCGCCAGGCUUUUCUCAAGCCCACGACCCUUUCGCCGGUCUCUCUCGUGGCAACGACGACGAAGGCGAUGCUGUCGAGUUCGAUGACACGUAUGAUGGUCUCGGAGACCAACUCGAGGAAAGCGGCGAUGCUUUCAACGACGAUACCUUCGGUGGCGGCGGCGGCGAUGAGAUCUCCUCUGCACCUGUAGGCAAGGACUUCGACUUCUUUGGCCAGACGGCCAAGGUCUCAAACGCUAUCGAGGAAGAGCAAGUCCGCUACAGCCGCCAAGUCCCAACCGCGAAGCCUGCUCCCGCCCCCGUCCCUGCCCCGGCGCCCGUUCAGCACCACAUGCCUCAAGCCCAACCGAACUACUACUAUCCCAGUCAGCCGGCCCCUAGGCCUGUUCGCACAGGCUAUGAAAAGUACAAGGAAGCAGAGCCCAUUCCCGAUCUUCAUGUUGACGCGUCGCUCUGGGGGAUGCCUUCCAAGAAGCCUAUCGUCCCCGAACCUUCUCCAGUCCCGCAUGGUACACCUUCCGGUGGCCGUAAAGUAAUGAGCCUCGAAGAGGUCGAGAAGGCGAUGCGGGAGCAAGCCACCCAGCGACCGGCGCAGCCAGCCCUUUCUGGAUCUAUGCCGAGCGCACACGGCUUCCCUGCGGAGCUUGCUGAUUAUGGUUACACCCGACCGGAGGCUAUUCAGCAACAGCAAUCUUACCACGGCGCCGACCAGCAGCAGCGUGGCGGCCAGACCCCCCAGCAUCCGGGCCAAGCUCAUCCCGUCACCAUUCUCCAGCGGCCUCAGUCUCUGAAUUCCAAGCAAACCCCGCCUAUUCAGAGUACUCCCAGCCCACUUGCUCAACCACCGCACUCCCAGGCUCCUUCUGCUCAACCUACUCAGAUCUUGCAAAACCCCAACCGGCUUUCUGGUGAUGCUGCUCGCAUUGGGGCGCAUGGCCCUCAGCCUCAUGGACACCACCAACCCCAUGGUUCUAAUGCUCAUCGCUCGCAAGGUUCCAUGGGUCGUGUUCCCCAGGUUUCUCAGCAGCAGCAUCUGGCACAUUUGUCCGAAGAUGAAAAGGCGGCGUACCUCGAUCAGGAGACCAAGCGUGCCAAGCGCAACCAUAAGAUUUGGCUGCUCUCCAAGGACAACGGUCUCAUGACACCCCAGGACAAGAACUUCGUUACUCGCAUUCAGUUGCAGCAGCUUGUCUCGGCUACCGGAAACCCGAUUGACCACAACAAUGAUGAUUCGAUUGCCGAGGACUUCUACUACCAGGUCCUGAGCCAAAUUCGUGGUGGCCAGCGCCAGAACCCGAACCAGCCUUUGAACAACUUCGCCCAGACCUAUUUGUUCCAGACUGGUAGCCGUCAGGGUAAUAUGAGAAGGCAAGGAAGAACUGCCGAGAACCAUGUUCAACGAAUGGAACAACAGGUCCAGCGUGCCGUCGAGGCGGCCAAAAACAAGCCCAAGAAUCCCCAGCUGGUCAUUGCAGGUAGUCUGGGCAAGAUUUCUUUCAGUAACGCCAAAACACCGAAACCUUUGCUCAAUAUCAAGCGUACCGACAGCAGCAAUGAGGCCCAGCGUCCUGGCAAUGGUAAGCGUCACCACGGAGAGUCUAGUUCUCUUGACCGCAAGGCUAUUCUUAAGAACAUUGAGAAUGUCUACACCACUGUCAUGAAGAUGGAAGACCAUGCCCGCCACAUUCCUCCCCAUCCUGCGAACGGCAACGACGAAGAGUUCCACGUCAAGCACCAGGAGUGGUUGGAGGUCGCUCAGUCGCUCAACAACCAGCUUUGGGCAGACCUGAAGGUUCAUGAGCCUAUUGGUGCCACCAGCAUUCACCCCUUUAUCGCAUUCCUGUCAUUCCCUAAGGGAAAGAAAGCUAUUCCCCGUGUUUUCCGGCACAUUAGCUUCGAGCAGCGCACUACUAUUCUGACAAUGAUCAUCCUCCACCUGGAUCAGCUUGACGUUGUUCGCGGUGCUCAAAUGACUGACGGUGAAGUAAAUCUCAAUGCUGCUAUGCGUGAGAGCAUUGAACUCUUCUCUGCUGCUGUCAUGCCGAGCUUGUUUGCCUAUUUCAACGAGACCGAGCUCGAUAUCGUCACGGGAGUCCUAGGCCUUAUCACUAAGCUCAACAUUGACCUUAUUGCCAGAACUCGUGUGGGUUGCUCGAUGUUGACCCUUAUCUUGAGUCGCGCAGAGCUCCUGAAGCAGGGUGGUGGAGGCACCCCUCAGCUGUGGGCGGAAUGGGAACAAACCUUCAACCUGUUCUUCAACAUCCUUGAGCCUACUCUCCACCACAUCUUCCCCGGCAGUGUUAACACUGGUGAGGAUGUCGUCGUCUGGCAGCUGCUAGCCGCCGUUGGUGUCAGUGCCAACCCUGAACAGCAGCAGCGCCUGGUCCUUGCUGUCAAGGAUCGUGUCCUGGACACCGUUGCCCACGCUAAAACCCUCCCGGGUGCCAUGGCAACAACCCGGCUGGCUACUGUCAACCUUUUCAUGCAUUCCAUUGGUUUGGAUGUUGAAUUGCUUCAGUAA